GUACCUACAGGCGUUUCCUGCUGUGGCGAAAAACGCACAUUUCCGAACAGGAAUUAAAGUUACACGAGGCAUUUUAUGUCAUUUUUAUACGGAAUUAUUCAAAUUGUAGUUGUAAGGUGCCAACUGAACGCCAAACACCUUUUAUUUAUUAUUAUUUUUUUAAUGUUUACCGUCUCCAUGGUUACCAAUCCGUUCGAGGAUACGUCGGUGGACAAUGAAUCUUUUCUCUUUUUUUGUACAUGAUACAAUAGCACAGCACCUCUCUAAAGGUAGCUUAGUAUCUCUGGAAAAAAAUAAAAUAAAAAUUGACAUGCGGCUCAACUAGUUAAAAUACACUUUCUCGUCGCUGGCGACGUCGUAGAGAAGGUGCUCGAUGGUCAAGUAAGAUUCUUAUCAUUGCGACUCGUUAACAUAGUUUUCGACACUCGACUGAAGAUUUUUGGACUCAAAUAAACAUUUUUUUUUAAAUGGCAACUGUUACGCGCACCAUGCCCAAGCCGACUGACGCUUAUGUUGUCAAACGGGAGCGUCUUUACGACUACUUGUACGAGCCGGUAUACUACGUCUCUUCAGAGGUCGACCAUGACAAGAGUGGUUUAAAGACUUUUAAGGAGCAAUUGAAAAAAAUGCCAGAAUUUGAAACCAUGUUCAGCAACGAGCGUGUCAUCUUCAAACUGGACCCGUCCGACCCGGUGCAGCUUUCCGUGGACUGUCGCUGGCGCGGCAACGCCGAACAGCGCCAGCAGGCUCUGCAGCAACUUAUCGGGUUUAUUCCAAGUGUCCAGCCGUUGAUGAAAAAAAGAGAUGAGUGUCAGCCCGGUGGAGCCGAUCGCUGGAAAUUCUUUAAAAGGCCUCUACCAUGUGUGCAACAGAUUCCCUUGGAUGUGAAUCGAGAAGCUUCUCAGAAAGAAGAGUUAGAGGCCACCAGCAAGAAUGCCGCUGCAGACAUUCUCACCCAUUUGACUGUGGCAGUGCAGACGGACUACAGGGAGAGCGAAGUCCAGACGGACCCGUACACCCCUGACUGGGUGCUACGUGCCGGGACGUCGCCUUCAGAGCUGUUGGUGGUGGCAUCUUUCACCUGGAAUCGAGGUCUGCCCGCAAGCAUCGAAGAAGUGGAAAUGAUCCAGCGGUCCCGCGCACGAAGGGCGUGGGAGGCUCGGCUGCCCGCCCUCAACGACCCUGACCUUUUGCGCAAAAGGAGGAGGAUGAUGGAGGAAAUGGAGGCAAGAGAGUGGGCCUUCAGAGAAGGAAAAAUACAGAAACUGCAGCACGCUCGCCUGGCCUUGCUAGGGGAAAUGCUGCUUCAGAAGGACCAGGCCCAGGUAGCCGUGGCCAAAGACAGACUCAGCAUAAUCUACUCCAAGCUGCUCAAGGAGAAGGAGAGCAAGCUCCACAAAGUGGACAAGGAACACAUGAGAUCCAUGAGGAAGCUGGAGACCAAGCGGAGGAACAUGGAGGAGAACAUCAAGCAGCUGGGCACUUGUAAAGACUAUACCGUGUACUCGUCCUUGACGUGCGCCGCGCGAGAGUGCGGCGAAGACUUCGUCGGCAAGAAAAAGUACAGUAACGAUUUUCAGAAAGUGCAGACUUACGAUGGGUUACUGAAUGGACUACAGAGACCCAGGGCUGCGUAUCUCAAGCAGCUGAAGAAGUUGUCCAAAGCCAAACCUUACAGUAGCAAGGGUAACAUUAGGUCCCCCGAUGACAGAAGAAACUUUCUGUUGGACAAGUACAAGAACCUGAAAGACGAGAUUGCUAAAUAUCUGGUCAAGAAGGAAAAGCCUGCCCCUCGUCCUGUCACUCCCACUGUUGAGGAACCUCCAGAGGGCGAGGAGGAGAGGGAGCUAGCUGUCAUUCAUCUACAGAAACUCCUGAGGGGAAGAUGCAUACAAACCCAGAUAUUCACCGGCAAAGAGAACCACUUGGACCUGAUCAAGGAGCUGAGGAUGGCGCACGCCUUGCGGGCGGAGGAGCAGCAGAUGCAGAAGGCCGACAAAAAGAUGGUCAUGGCCCUCAAAGAAGAGCGAGACAAGAUACAACUCGAGAGAUCCCGCAAGGAGGCUCAACACACCGGCGCCAUUGGCGCCGAGCUAGAGUACGUGUUCGAUACCCUGUCCAAGGAGCUGAUCCGCCUGCAGGAGGAGCGCCGCAUCCACGCCUUCACACUGCUGGCGGAAAGGGAGCGUCUGAGGCGCGAGGCCGAGGAGAGCGGGAGAAGGCAGGCGGAAGAACGCCACCGCCUAGAGGACGACCAGAUCUUCAGAGAAGUGGUUAAAGUCCACCAGGAGACAGUGGACUUGUACUUUGAGGAUAUCAUCCUGGACACCAUGGAGGUCACAGCAGACCAACAGGCACGAGAGGAGAUCCGCAGGGUUGCCAAGGAGGUCAAUGACAUCGCCUACGCCAUCGAAGAGAGCCGCAACAACCUUCAAUCGGAGGAGAUUGUGUCCGAGUUGGUCUACGGAUUCCUCAUUCCUGAAGUGGAGAAGAACAUUGUCCGACAAAGAGUGCACGAGAGGCAGCGCCGCCACCUGCUGGCGGUGCGCAGCAUCGUGGAGGGCAACGCCGAGGUGCAAGUCGUGGCCAGCACCAUGGGCACUCAGCAGGUGACACGCCCUUCUGAUGUGGCCGCCCAAAAGUUCCUGGACGACAUGUUAGAUGACGGUAGCGACAAAGUCGAAUAGUCAGCCGGACUUUUUGGCUGUAGACUUAUUUCUUCACCCCUGAGAGGACUUUCCAUUAAUGAAUGAUGUCUGAUUGAAGUAUGAUGCAAUGCACUCGGCUUUCAUAGCCACUUCUCAUUUCUUGAGCAACAGCAGAAUGACGUGUAAAAGACAAACCAGCGUGACUCACCUCAUUAUCUUUUUUCCUGAGCGAUCAUUUCUGUGGAAACCGCAACUUUGCACCAGCACCAACACUAUAUUUCACCUGAAAAACUGUGCCCUUAAAAACAUUUAGAAUGGGUCAUGCCUAGUGUGUGACAUAAAAUUCAACACGUACAGGGAAGCGAGUACAAAGUAAAAAGUUAACUGGUAUAGUUUUUUUUUUUUUUUUUCUCAAUUGUAGACUGUUCCAACUGUAGCAUAUUACAAUAA